AUGGAGGAUCAAGCCCAAGAGCAGAACCCCGAAACCUGGGUCUCUUCGACAUCCGAGGGACCAAGGAGAACCACUUCAGGCUCCUCGGGGCUGGACUUAUACUCCACUACCAGACUCGUAUUAACACCCAGGAUGGGGGUCCAACUUGUAAACACUAACUUUAAAGGACUCCUUGAGCCUGGUACAGUGGGCCUGCUUCUAGGAAGAUCAUCUACAACUGUAAAAGGGCUACGAGUACAUCCAGGAGUGAUAGAUCCUGAUUACACAGGUGUGGUAAAGAUUAUGGUAGAAUCCCCUAAAUGGAUUACAGCCAUUUUUCCUGGAGACAGGAUAGCACAGCUGCUGCUUCUGCCAAGCCUACCUGAUAAAUUUCCAGCUCAAACCAGGGAGAGGGGAGAAGGAGGUUUUGGUUCGACAGGAUCAAACUUGACCUUCCUUGCCCUAGAUCUUGCACAAGGUGGAUGA